UUUAUACAGUCUGAGGAGUUUAAGAGAGAUCAGACCUUUGAUCUGCGUUUUAUAUUUAAAUCAUUCUUUAAUUAAUGCGUCAAUUAAUGAAGAUCAAUUAGAGAUUAAUUAAUCACGCGCUUCACUACCUACUGACUGACUGACUGUGCACAGGGGGCGUGCACGUGCUCUCAGUGCUGUGUGUGUGUUUGUGUGUGUGUGUGUGUGUGUGUGUGUGUGUGUGUGUGUGUGUGUGAGUGAGAACUUUAACACACUGCAGGAAGCAGAAGGGUAAACCUCGUAAGUGCAGGUUUUUAGUAUCUGAAUUCAGUUUGUUUAAUAAACUGAUGAUCAGACAGGAUGAAGCUCCUGCUCUUCCUCACCUUCCUCUUCCUCACCUGCUGGAUUCAGCUCAGCUCCCUCACUACAGCUCAGUCCUGUGAGGGGCGCUGUGGAGAGAAGCUGGCCGGGUGCUCCUGUCACUCCACCUGUGAGUCUCUGCAGAGCUGCUGUUCUGAUAUAAAUCAGUUCUGCCUGGAGAUCUCGCCUCACUCCGGUUCUCUGCUCGGAGGAACCGACUUCAGAAUCCUUAACGUCACUUUCAACCCGGACUCACACCUGAGCUGCAGGUUUAAGUCUGAGAUAGUAACUGAGGGGUAUGUAGAUGAGGGCGGAGUCGGUCACUGUAUUUCUCCGAUGCUGUUUGAGUCCGGUUGGAUUCCGUUCGAAGUUUCCACUGACGGACUGAAUUACAACAGAGUGGGCAGGUGGCUCUCAGUGCAUCACAGUAAGCUGAGUCCGCUGUAUAAGGUCGUCCUGGGGAACGGGACACAGUGGCAGUAUUACGGGACGCCGGGGGUCGGAGGGGUUUUACAGAUGAUUUGGAUCCCCUCAUUAAUAAACGCAGAGAGAGUCAAUAUCGAACUGUGGGGCUACGAGGAGACCGGUGAGCCGUACUCGGAGCACUGGAGAGCAGAAUGGACGUAUUUAUACACUGUAGGGAGGAAUGUGAGUAAUACUGGAGCCUUCAGCUUCACCCCGAGACCCUCAGAGAAACCGCUGUCUGACUGGCACAUGGGCAGCAUGAGGGUCAGCCCCAGCACCAAACCCGACGGAGCACGGAAUGUAAACGCUCUGUGGAAUGGGGCUCAUGCUCUGGCGUAUCACCUGGAGGAGGGGUUUAGGCGGGACUCGGCAGGCUGGGCUCUGGAGAAAUGUGUUCUGUGGGAUAAAGAGGAGAAAAUCAUCCCCAGCUUCCUCCCCGAAAUCACCGACUGCCCCUGCACCCUCGCCCAGGCCCGCGCCGACACCGGCCGCUUCCACACUGAUUACGGCUGUGACAUCGAGAAAGGCAGUGUUUGUACAUAUCAUCCAGGAGCUGUGCACUGUGUCCGAUCAAUACAGGGCAGUCCUAAAUAUGCCGCCGGUCAGCAGUGUUGCUACGACCACACCGGAGCUCAGGUCCUGACCGGGGACUCCAUCGGGGGCAGUACCCCCGACCGAGGGCACGACUGGGGGGCACCACCUUACCUGAGACCCCCCAGAAUCCCGGGAUUAUCCCACUGGAAAUACGACGUCAUCACCUUCUACUACUGCUGUCUGUGGUCCGAUAACUGCGACUAUUACUUCACCCACCGACCGUCCAGCGACUGCAGGACCUACCAGCCCCCUAAAGCUGCCUCGGUGCUCGGUGACCCACAUUUCAUCACGUUUGAUGGAACGGCGUACACGUUUAACGGUAAAGGAGAAUACGUCCUGCUUCACUCUGAAAACUAUAACCUCACCGUGCAGGGCAGGACCGAGAACAUGACCUCAGAGAAUGGUUCCUCCAUCAUGGCGACUCGUCUGUGCUCCGUGGCAGCGAGGGAGAGGGACUCUGAUGUAAUGGAGGUGAGGCUGACGGACAGGCUGGAUCACCUGGAGGUGUUAAUGAACCAGCGGGUGCUGAGCUUCUCCGAGCAGAGCUGGAUUGACCUGAAGGGUGUGUUCGUGUUUUCGGCCGUUCCUCAGAACGUGACGGUGAUGUUCCCCUCUGGAGCCGGCCUGGAGAUCAGAAGCAGAGGAGGGGUCAUGACCCUGACCGUCCUGCUGCCCCUGGAGUUUAACGACCACACGCUGGGGCUGCUGGGUAAAAUGAACGACGACCCGAGCGACGACCUGACCUCCAGCGACGGAGCGACGCUUCCAGCCAGCGCCAGCCCGCAGGACAUCUUCACGUUCGGGGCGAGCUGGGCGAUUAGUAACCAGUCCUCCCUGUUCACAUACGACUCUCCGCGCCUCCUGAACGAGUAUUAUUACUCCCCCAAGCAUGACCCGUCCUUCAUCCCCGUCUUCACCAUCACCGAGGACCCGGCGGACCCCCUGCUGCAGCCCACCCUCCUGCUCUGCUCCGGAACCGGAGACUCAGCCGGGGCCCAGUUCUGUAAAUACGACGCUCUGACCAGCCGCAGCCUGGAGCUCGCUAACCACACCCUGCUCUCCCACCGCAGCCACAUCACCACCAUCCACCAGCUGCAGCCCGUGGUGUCGUGUGGAUGGCUGAAGCCGCCGAGUCACGGGCGGAAGGAGGGAACUCUGUAUCUGAAGGACGCGAAGAUCAGCUUCUCCUGUGAUGCUGGGUAUCGUCUGCACGGCUCUGAGGAACGCGUGUGUCAGGCGGACGGUCGGUGGUCGGGAGACGAGACGCACUGCGUAAUGGAUGAUACCUUGGGCAUUGUGCUGGGAAGCCUGGGAGCCAUACUGGCAGUGGCUAUUAUGGUCGUAGCGAUAGUUGUUUACACCAGAAAGCAGAAAAGGGAGAGGAUGAAGGAGAGGGAGGAUACCGUGGUGUUCCAGCCCCACACUGUCAGUAUCUGAGCCUCAACCAAUCAGGAACAGACACUCCGUCCCUGCGGACUUAACCCCGCCCUGCACUGAAAUCAGCACCAAAAAAAGUUUUAAUUAUUUUUAUUUUAUUUACACAUUUUACCAAACGUCCCCCUCCACUGUUCAACACUGGCCACACCCACCCGCCAUACACACUAUGUUGGACUUUAGCCACUUAUUUAGCCAAUUUUUAAAUUUUAUUUAAUAGUUAAUUCUAAACUUUAAUCCAAAGUACUUCAAAUACUCACCAAAAUAUGCAAGUUUAAAAUGCUUUAAUCAAUAUUUCUAUUAUUAUAAAUAAUAAAAAAACAUCUAGUAUGAUUGGGGAUCCUUUUAUUGAAAUUUAUGUUCAAAUUUCAUACCAGAUGGUGAAUUGUAGUCUUUUUAAUAGAUUUAUCAAUAAUUAAUAAAUCUUAGGAAUAUUAUAUUUCUGUAAAAUGUAUAGAAAAAAACAUAGUUGUAUAGAGUUUAAAUACUUAAAUACCUAAAAAUGACUAAGUAAGACAUUUUUAGGAAAUGUUAUUAAGGUAAUAUUAUGAUACUUAAGGCACUGAAAAUCACAAUUACUGUAUUCACUCCCAAAAAUUGUAGUGAUUAGCACUUUAGUAUCUGAAAGUCUUGCCUUCAAAACUCUAGUGUUUUAAAAUGAAUACUUUUAUGAAUAUGAGCUCUGUGCACUGGAUUGGAAUAAAUAAUAAGUAUAUAUAUUUUAAAAGUCUGUUUUUAAAUAACAAACUUUAUUUUAAGAAUUUUAUCACCAACAUUUAAAAGUCCUCAAAUUCUAAGCUUUUGCUUUGCUUUUAAGUUCCAAAUGUGAAAGUUUUUAACUCUUCAACUUCUUUAAAUUCUAAACUUUUCAAUUCUUAGUUUGUUUGUUUUUUCAAAUCCAAAAAUGUGAAAGUCUUUGAUUCUAAGGCAUUUUUAAGCUUUUAAAAAUGUUGAAAUCUUUUUUUUCUUAUAAGCUGUAGAGUGUUAUUGUCCAGAAUGUCCUGUAGAAUAUGAGGCUUUGUAAUUUUAAAAAUUCUUAAAUGCCAAAUUGUAAAAGGUGCUACAUUUUAGUUCUAUAUUUUUUAGCGUAAAAUCUCAAACUCUAGAAUUCUUUACUCCAGAAGAUUUCAGAUCUGUAAAUCUAGAUUGAAGAGAUUGAAGAGAUUUAUGUGUUUUUGGAAAAAUAUGUGAAGUAAUGUUUGUUUGUUUCAUUGUGUAUAUGUGUAUGUCCUGUUUUUGUGUUUUUUUGUAAUUCUUUCUGAAUUUAAUUUGAAGAAACUAUUAGAACAUAUAACAAACAAGCCAAUAAAAUGUUUUCAGCCUG